UUAGCUGUCAACUGCGUAGAGGGGAAGGGCAUGACAUGGAGCUAAAUUUUCCGACGUACAGCUAUACACGCGUCGUAGCUUCUUGAUAAACGUAUAAGGAUUCUUUUGGGUAUAUCUAUUUACCAAUUUCUCGGUCCUUUCUUUUCGACAUCUCGAACAAACAGUGGCUAGCUGAGCGGCUAGCUCUCCUGUAACUUACUGUAACUGUGAAAAGUGGUUCAAAGAGAAAGCCUCCGCAUGGCGUUAAUCCUGUUUACGAGGUCUCGGGCACCUUUAAUGAAAACGUCCCGUUCGCUAAAGAGCGAAUUCAGGAAAGGUAAAGGGAAAGUACAAGAUGGUGCCUGUUUCAACUGCACAGCGCUCAGACUCUCCAGUCAAAAACUCGAUGCGCUCCGACUGGGCAGUUCGGCCCAGAUCUCCUCAUUCGGUCCUUCCCUCCCGCUGUCAGAUGGAUUCGUGGGCCCCUGCCAGAGCCCGGAGUCACAGCGCCUCUACUGUGCUUUUGUGCCGGUGGCUUCAUCUUCAAUCACAACGGGGACCCAGUGGACGAUAGCACGACCGCAGGACAUCCCAGGUGUUCGGUGGAUACACACCUCCAGGAGGAGAUGGGACGACUCCAAAGUGGAGAAGUCACUGCGUUCGUUAAAGGAUAAGAAGAAGAAACUGGAGGAAGGAGGGCCGGUGUACAGCCCGACGCUGGAUGCUGAACCAGUGAGACGGACGCUCAGACAGCGGGUUAUAGAUGAGAUUAAGCACUACUAUCACGGCUUCAGGCUGCUGUGGAUUGAUACCACCAUCGCGGGGCGGAUGCUGUGGAGAGUGCUGAAUGGACACCCACUGUCCCGCCGCGAGAGGAGACAGUUCCUUAGAACGUGUGCAGACGUCUUCAGACUUCUUCCCUUCCUGGUGUUCAUCAUUGUCCCCUUCAUGGAGUUCCUGCUUCCCGUAGCACUGAAACUGUUCCCCAACAUGCUGCCGUCCACCUUCGAGACAAAGACAAAGAAGGAGGAGAGGUUGAAAACGGAGCUGAGGGUCAAACUGGAGAUGGCCAAGUUCUUGCAGGACACCAUCGAGGAGAUCGCCCUGCGAAACAAAGCUGCCCAGAGCAACGUGACGGAGGAGUUCUCCAACUUCUUCCAGAAGAUACGGGACUCUGGGGAACGUCCCAGUAAUGAGCAGAUCAUCAAAUUCUCCAAACUGUUCGAGGACGAGCUGACUCUGGACAACCUGACCCGACCUCAGCUGGUGGCUCUGUGUCGUCUCCUGGAGCUCCAGUCCAUCGGGACCAACAACUUCCUGCGCUUCCAGCUCAUCAUGAAGCUGAGGGCCAUCCGUGCAGACGACAAGCUGAUCGCGGAGGAAGGCGUGGAGAGUCUGAACGUGAACGAGGUGCAGGCAGCCUGUCGCGUCAGAGGGAUGAGAUCUCUCGGAGUCACAGAAGAUCGACUGAGAGAGCAACUCGGCCAGUGGCUGGAGCUGCAUCUGAACCAGCAGAUCCCCACGUCCCUGCUGCUGCUGUCCCGAGCCAUGUACCUCCCCGACACCCUGUCCCCCCCGCCAGACCAGCUGAAGACGACACUGCAGACGCUGCCUGAGAUUGUGACUAAGGAGGCCCAGUUGAUGGUGGCAGAGAUGGAGCUCUCCAAAGUGGACAAUAAAGCCAAGUUGGAGACCACAUUACAGGAGGAGGCGGCCAUACGCCAGGACAACAAGGACAGGGAGAUGGAGAGGUUGGCGGAUGCUGCAGAGAAGGCUGCCAGGGAGGAAGUGGAGCUUAAAGAAGAGCCAGUUGUAGCUAAAGCUAAAGACAUGGCUGAGACACUGAGGGACACAGCUCCUGUCAUAGAGGGAAUCAAGUAUGAACAGUGGCAGAAAUUCCUGCGCUUCCAGGGUGAGGAGAUCACCAAAGAAGAGAUCGACCUGUUGAGUGAUGCGUGCUCAAAGCUGAAGGAACAGAAGAGGCUGUUGACUCUGGAGAAAGAAGAGCUCGAAGAACUGAAGGAUGAUGUUCAGGAAUACAACGAGGAUCUGGAAGAGAUAAAGAAGGAACUUUCUAAAACCGGCCAAGAAAAGGCGCUAGAGGAGUCAAAGGCAAGCCAGCGUCUGUCCAAGAGAGUUAACCGCAUGAUCGGUCGCAUCGACAAGAUCAUCGUGGAGCUGGAGAAAGACAAGGUCAUCCUGGACGGACAGAUGGACAGCGGCUCCACCCCACCUGUUGGUCUGUUCUACACCUUCAGGGAGAACCUCAUCAGCAUCGACGAGCUGAUCGGCGUCAUGCGGCAGAUCCAGAACAUUCCAGAGCACAAGCUGCAGAGCAUCGCCGAGGCCCUCGACGACAACAAGGACGGAAAGAUCGACAUCGACGACGUCAUCAAGGUGGUGGAACUGAUUGACAAAGAGGACAUCGACAUCUCCACCUCUCAGGUGGCAGACAUCAUGGUGAUGCUACAGAAGGAGGAGAAGCUGAUCGAGAAGGAAAAGGCCAAAGAGAAGGCUGAGAAGGAACAAGCCGCCACACGCAACAGCUAACUCUUUUUCCAUAAAGACAAAUAGCACUUGUAAAGAAAAAAACUGAGAAGAUUGCGACUGGUUCUCGGUCACAGAAAACUCUGGACACCAGAUCGUUCUGGACAACUCGAGGUAAUAACUGCCUUCUCAAAAUGUUAUUUCACCAUAAAUUAAAUAUCAUAAAAAAUGUUUAAAUGAGAAAAAGAAGGCAAAAUUGCCUCUAAAAUGCACAAAAUCAAAAAGAAACUUAAAUUAUGUUAAACGCUCCUGGACUGAUCAUGUAUUAUAUUUGGAUAUUUGAUUUUGUGUAAUUUUACUAAAUUAUUUAUUGAUCGAGGGAACACAAUAACAAGGUUGUUCUCGCAACUCAAGAGAUGGCAAAGUGAUCGAAAAUUAUGUUUGGGAAAUAUGCAUGAGGAGAUUUAUUGUUUAAAGUUUGAGGUGAACCGUCUUGCCUUUCAUUUCAUUCAUGUCAUCAUCUCAGAGAAAUGAGAGAUCAUUUCUGGACUUUGCACAGUGAACAUCAUCGUCAUUACCAUCAUUUCACUCAGAUUUUGUUCAUCAAUCAUGAUCUCAUGUUUUAAAGUAACCUCUUAUUUUGUCUAAAUUGUACAUUGACAGAAUAGCCUAGGAGGAUACAAUGGUGGCUGCAACCAAAUAUAUCAUAACAUACAACAUAGAAAUUCAUUCAAAAACAACAUUUUUUGUGUAAAGAACUGAAUUAAAAAUGUGCUAAAUAUGAAUUAACAUUAUAAAAAUAGCUUUAUGUUCAUCAUUCCCACUAAAGCAGAAGUAAAUGGAGGAGUCACGCUGUAAAAGACUGAAGUUAGCAUAAAUAUUAAAAAUUACUGCGCCGUAAUUUCUAUUCAUUUUGUACUUAUUUCAUAGUAAUCUUUGUCUCAUUUUAGCACAGCUCUUCAUAUCUAUUCCUGUUGUGUUCAAUAGAUCUCUGUAAAACGCCAAAGUUGCACUGUGGCACAUUUAUUAACAGAUUAUUCCGAAAAGCAACAAAGCAGUUAGGACUGACUGAUUUCUGAGCAGUGAGGUGUGAGACCGAAUCACAGUGUUUGUUUACAAUAACUUCUGGGUAGAAAAUCCCUGCGUCACGUAGAUACACGGCACUGAGCAAACUCUGCCUCAACUGGUUAGUUUUUAGCCACCUAAAAAAUAGCGAUGUUAAUCACAGGUUAAAUCAUGAUAUAAUCGAUUCUUUCGCCAACAAUAUUUGAUGUUAUCACAAAGUCUGCCAUGAGUUCUUUCAAAUCAGAGGACUUUUGACAUAAAACUAUAAAAUAUAAGUAAAUGUCCCCAUUAUCCUUUUUUUUGGCUGCUUGCACAGUUUUAGUGUUUAGGAAGGGGGUGACGCAGAUAUACUGUGGGAAUUUUGAAACAGGGGCGUAUCUUAAAGAUUUCGCGAUGUUUUUUGCAUCAAUAAUAAUGGCUCUUCAUUAAAUCGAUAUAUCGAUUUAGAUCAAUGUAGUGUUAAGCCUCUACAUAAUAUAAGUUUAAGUGCACAUUAUAUUUAGAAUAUUUUCACUGCUUUACCUUGCUGUAAGUCAACUGAAGCUUGAAGCUGCCAGAGUCCAUUGACAAAAUACGUAAUUUUACCUCGCAGAACACUGGAGUUGCUGGUCUACUGCUGCCACAAUCUGUUAGUGUGUAAGGUCAAGUGGAAAAAAUAUUCUAAAUGUAGAGCACACUGAAACAGAUCCAAUUUUUUUAAGUGGGCCUUUUUAGGUGGCUAAAAAACAUUUUGUCAUGACGCUAGCAAAAAAGCAUUUUUCAUUUCACAUAUCUAUGCAAGUGAAAUCAAUUGCAAGUUUUCUACCCAGAAGGGAUUGUUGUUGUUAGCGUGGCGUCAUGGUGAUUUUAUAAGUGCACGUAAUCAGCCCACCAAUCAGAUAUCAAUAAGUUGUUGCUUUGAAAAGUCAUAGAGUUUAAUUUUUGACUAGUUUCCAGUAUGUUGCUGCUGUGAGAAGUGGUAAAGUUAGAUUUUUUUACUAGUUUCUGUUUCAGAAAGUAUUUGUCAGUUGUUUGGAGGUUCUCUGCUCCGAGGGUGAAAGUGGCUGUUUCGGAUUGUUUAGUAGUUUAUUUUGUGCACAUUCACGCACACAGUAGUGUGAAAAACGUGGUGGUGUUGACCUCAGUAGUUCAAAUGCAAAGUGGCCUUCCCUUGAUACUGAUAUUAUGGGUCAUAUACUGUUGUAUAUAUUAUUUUUUGAUAGAGCUCUGAGGAUUUACUUGAUGUAUUUUGGUUUGGGGCUGAAGAAGUCUGGAUGAAUUUGAGAUCAAGUCGAUUGAGGCACAUACUGAGUCCUCAGUUUGUUUUAUUUGCACUGAAGCAAUCAAUGAGUAUGGGUUGUAAACAUGAGCAAAGGGAUGAUUUCAGAUAAUAUUCGAGUCAACUGCUGACCUUUACAUUCAUCUCGCUGCCCAUUGGCAUUUGUUCAGCUGUUUGCUGUUCACACUGCAAGGAGAUUGGCCAUGACAGCAUAUUCUAAUUUAGAUUAGAUUAGAUUGGAUAUAUAAUUGUUUUAAUAUAUAAAAUGUCCAAAAAAGAAAACAAAAUGUCCACGACAAGAGUCAUUUGUGACGUCUUAAAAUUGUCCUGUCUGAAUAAAGGGGUUUAAUUUGGGUUUAAUUUACAAGAUAAAACUGAGAAAAUUAGCAAAUUCUCACAGCAUUUAUGUUAAAUCAAUGACUUAUGACUAAUUAACAGUGUUUCUGGAAGAAUUUGAGUUCUGCUGCUCCAUUUGUGCCCAGAGUACGCGCUGUGCUCCGACAGUGUGGUGACAUAAAUAACCAACCACUAUAUAUAUUUCAAUAGUGAUCCCAAUGAACGGUCCAGCUCCAAAAAUACACGUUUUGAUCAUGGCGGGCCGCCAUAAAUAAAUGUGUGGGUAACCCUGAUUAAGUAAUACUAUUAUCAAAAUUAGACUUUCUGUCUAUCUACGCACCAAUUGAUCAACAAAUUUCAUCUGAUAUUGCAAGAAACUGCAAUCGUUUUGACUUACUUUUUAAAGAUUUUUUUUUUAAAUUUGUAAUAUUAAAAUAGUCUAAUAGAUUAACUGCUAAUGAAUUCAUUUCUAUGAAAAAAAGCAUUUUAGAGUUUAACUGACCGUAGUAAACGAUUCAUUCUCCAGCAUGUUUAAGACAGUUAAUGUAAAGUCUGUCAAAUAACUUACAGGGAAGAACUCGGGCUGUGAUCAGAUUCACGUUUGUUUUGUAUUUGCAAGGCCUUUCGGCAGCUUCUGAACUAAAAUGACAUUUUUAGGUAAUCAAGAAAAACACAGAUUUCCUUUUUUCGACAGCCGAUGAAUUUCUCAACUGCCAGGAUUCUCAGUCGUCUGCACAUCGGUGCAGUUUGUGAGGUUGUUCAGCUCUGCAGAAAAUAAAUUGGGAGUUUUUUUGUCACGUUGCUUGCAGUGUGAACCCGCAGUAAAGGGUCGAUCCACCUUUACUGUUGAGUUGAAUGUUGGGUAAGUUGUGGUCAUCCCUCAGUUAUUCCUUUACCGUGGCCAUGAGAACAGCUCAGAAGUAAACGUUCGAAGACAAAGAAGUGGCACUUGAGAUAACGCUGAGUGGACGGCGCUCCCAUUUAAUCCGUUCCCGGAAUCCUCCGUCGUACGUGUGAAUGAUUAAGAGCGUACUCGUCUCCCAUCAGCCACUGUCCCACAUCAGACCCAGCGCUGCCUGGGACCAGUCAGACUGAUGGGUGCAGGGUAAACACUCGCCCCAUACAUGGGCCAAAGCCAGCUCCACUGGAGGGUUGUGUUUAGGUUGGAGACGAUCCGGCGGGACAUGGCAUGCUCUCUGAAGCAUAAAUCAGCAGUCGGCGUAAACACGUCGCAAGAACGUUGUGACAACUUCUCGAUUACACUCGGCAGGAUAGAGUGCUGUUUGUAGUCGGGAUCAGGGGAACGCUACGUACAUUAGCAGAACUGCCACUGUUUUGAGGCACAAAGGGGUAAAAGGUCAGAAGGGGAAAGAUGUAUGACAGUGACGUAUACCAGGGCAUGGAAGAUCAAUACUAAAGCUCCAGUUUAGCGUAGUGAAUUUAAAUGCCACUGUGGUGACACCGGGGGCUCCAGAAACAGUCAAAUUGCCUGAAUAUAUGUUGGCAUACAUUUCUGCCAACGGCAGAUAUGUUUAAUUUGUAUGUUUAAUAUGUAGGAGAUAUGUUCGAACUUAACGUGUCACUUUUCAGUUUUAUGGUGCGAUAGUGCUGUGGUUAACUAUGGGAUUUGGUUUGGGCACAAAAAAACUUGGUAAGGGUUGGGAAAACAUAAUUUGACUUAAAAUACACAGUUUGGUUGCUACAGACAUGUCUGGAAAUGUCCUGAACUCUUGUCCAAAUAUACCAGCUUUUGUCACUACAAACACAGCUCAGCUUGUCCUGAACUGUCGUCACAGCCACCCACUUUUGUUGCUAAAAGUGGCUGGAAAUGUCCAGAAUUGUUGUUUAAAAACCACUGCUUUUGUUGCCACAAACAUGGCUGGAAGUGUCCCAGACUCUUGUUAUGAAAUAUCCGCUUUUGAAGCUUCAAACGUGGCUGUAAAUGUCCCAAACUCUGUUAAAAACUCCCGCUUCUGUGACUACAAACAUGACUGGAAAUAGCCACUUUUGCAGCUGCAAAGAUGGCUGGACAUGUUCAGCUUUUGUCGCUACAAACACGACUGAAAUUACCCAAACUCUAGUAUGGAAAAACCCUGCUUCUGUGGCUACAAACAUGGCUUGAAAUGUCUCAAACUCUUGCCAAAAAAAUACCGACUUGUGUUGCUACAAACACGGCUGACAUGUCCCAAAUGUUCAUUAAAGAAAUACCAGCUUAGGUUGCUAUUAACACAGCUGGAAAUGUCCUGAACUUUUGUUAAAUAAUACCCGAAUUUGUUGAUACAGACUUGGCUCGAAAUGUCCCUUAUUAUCGAUAAAGAGCACAUAUAUUUACAAAGAGACUGGACAUAUGAGAAGCUAGAACCAGAGUAUUUGCAAUUUUUACUUUUUAUAUUACUUAAACAAUUUACCAACUACCAGAAUUUUUGUUUUCUCUCACAUUUUGUGCUUCUGCACUGAUAUACUCAUUGGGAGACUAAGAAGGAAGCCUGAUAUUGAUGUUAGCAGAAUGCCACAUGAAUCCACAGACUUCAAACUAAAAGAGUAUGUUUGCUCAAACCCCCCUUCCCAAAAAAACUCCUCUGCAGCCGUGCAGUUUGUGAUGAUGUCGUCUUUGGCUGAGGUGUGAGGAGUGCUGCAGAGUUCACCGCUGGCAGCAGUGUUGCACUGUGUUUGAAUUAAGUCUACCUACAGGAGGAGGAAAGGAGGGACAGUGGGCAGCAGAAACAUUUUGACAGCGAGCUUAAAUAAGUCAUUUUCCAUUGUAAACAAAGCAGUAGCUUUUUAAUUUUAAACAAAGCAGUAGCUUUUAUAUUUCAAGCGACUUAAAUUUAAUGUUUAGGAGAAGAGAUGGCUGUUUUAAGUUGGCUGUUGUAAUGCUUUGACUGUCCUCUGCUGAGUAUUGUCUCUGUUUAAAUGCACUAUUAAUUUUCGUUCAUGUGUUAAGUGUUUGGACUCAGGGUGAGUGUGUGUUUGAGCGGCUUCAGCAGGGAGCAGAAGUAACGUGUUGAAAUCGACGAUACGAAACCGUCCUUAAAGAUUCCUGUUGAGUUUGAGGAGGUCAUAGACCUCGAGUAGUAGAAGAACAAAUAUUUAAAGCAAUAAGACAUUUAUGCAUCUUGUAUCUUUUUUGUUUUGUCCCUUUUUGAGCCGGAUCAAGAGUAUUUGAUUGUGAUGUAGUUUAGAAAAGAAAUGAGUCCUCAUGCUGCCGGCAAGAAAAAACGCUGCUAUAACUAAAAAAUAAUUUGUGGAAUCUGCUCCUUUUCUUCAUUUCAGGCUGAUGUUCUGCUUAUUUGGGAGGUGACGUGCUUAUGGUUGAGUAUUGUGCAGGGAUUUUUAGAUAUACCCACUUCUUUCAGCUCUUCUUACAUUUGUCCUUUUUACUAUUAGAAGAAUUCUACUUUUGUAGAAAAUAUAAAGAUACAAGAGUUUUGUUUUGAGGGAGCAAUGUUCAGUUGCAGAGAAAAAAGGCAACAGCAGCGUUUUUUAAAGGGGAGUCAGAGACUGUCUGCUUCCACAGAUACAGACCUAAAGCAGCAGCGUAGAUGUCUGUCAGGUCUGGAAACUAACAGAAAUAGAAAACUACAUUGAGCUGUAUUUUAAAUAACAGUGCAGCCACCAUCUUUUUACAACGGAAACUUGUUGUUCUGAUGGUGUGUUCAAGCAGAAAGCGAAGGAAAUUUUCUUUCUGUUAUUUUCCUCCAGUCUUCAGUUGGGUUUCCAUCAAAAUUUAGUUCAAAUUUUAACCAAAUUUUCAGAAAAUCUGCAAAAGAAAAUGUCAUGUGCACUUAGUUGCAUUUUAUUGAUAAACCAAAUUUUCCACCUCCCUGAAGUGUUUUUUUGGCAAUAUUUUGAAAUGCAACAUUUUUUGGGGGGCAUUUCUACAUAAGUUUUAUAUAAAUAUACACAUAUUGAGAAAUGCGCAUAAAAAGAGGUUGACGUUAAGUCACCUCAUCUUCCUUUUCUGUUCAUCCCUCAAAUUCUUGAUUUGAGUUUUUUUUUAAUUUUUGUGGUUUUUUUCAAUAUUUCAAGAUUUUCUUUACAUUUUUGGUGUUUUCACUCAGUUUUUUUUUGUAUAUGCAAAUUGAAAAUGUACACAAAAAGAGGUGGAUGAAAGGCAACUUAUCUCUUAUUUCCUCUCACAGAAAAAUUAUUAAAACCGGGAGAAUUAUUUGCAUAAGUGAAAACAACAACACACAAUUGAACUUGUUUUGCGUUAUGUUAAUUUUUUUCAGAUUUUUGGAGUUUCCACUGUUUUUUUUAAGAUACAAAUUGAAAUGUGCUCAAAAAGAGGUUGAUGGAAACACCUUAUUUCCCUUAUCUGGUCCUCCCUCACAUUCUCUAAACCCAGGAUUCCCCAAAAUAUUCUGCUAACUGUAAACAGAAAGAUGCUGAAGAUGGAACCGAUGCGGCUCGCUCUCUGUUUGAACACAGUAAAGAAUAAUCUUCAGUUUGGAAAUGUUUAAACUCCCGGUGUAGGGCGGUCACUCGUAGUUUACCUGAUAUUAAACUCCAAACAAAGUCUCAAAAUGGACUCUAGAAAGAAAAAAUAGGAAUCCAGUGUUGAUGUUUCAACAGAGACAAAAAAAUAAAUGUGAGGCGACAUGUUGCAGUAUCAUCUCUUAUCUGGCUGCAUAUAUUUAUGCAAUUAUAUUUGAAAUGAAAAUAAUAUUAGUCACUGAAUCAUAUUAAGUCAUAGCCGACUGGAGUUUUUGUUUUGAGAUAAUUGUCAUGUUAUUUAUUUAUUUAUUUAACCAAAUUUUCCCUUUUUUUUCAUCCAAAUGUGGAGAAAUAACCGAGUACUGGAUUUGAUUUUAGUUUAACUUGAAUGUAUAAAAACAGUUUAUUUUUUAAACACAAAUCAAAUGUUCAUGCAAAAGAAACCUCAUAUACAAAAUAAAUCAUAAGUGUUUAAUAAA